AUUGAACGGGGAGUGAAUCUGACUGCGCAGAAUAAAAGGAGCUCCGCUGUAGGCGUGCGCUCCUUUGAGGGAUAACAAAUGUCGAGGAUCGAGGACAGAAAACAUCGUAGAAGGAUUCCUCCGAGCUGCAGCUGGAGGAGAAGCCCACUGAGCAGUUGGAGAUGAAGCCCAGAGGAAGGGGACCUCCUGACGGGGGGUACGGCUGGGUGGUGGUGGCGUCAGCCUUUCUCGUUAUGGGCCUUACCGGAGCUGUCCUCAAAAACUUUGGCCACUUCUUCCUUGAAAUCCAGCAUCACUUUGGAGUCUCAACCAGCACUACCUCUUGGGUUUCCUCCAUAACUAUUGCCAUGUUUCACAUAGGAGGUCCAGUAGCCAGUGCUCUGACUUUACAGUUUUCUCAGAGAGUGGUCAUCAUUUUAGGAGGUCUUCUAUGCACUUUGGGCAUGUUGCUGGCAUCCUUGGACCUCAGUCUGCCUUGGCUCUACUUCAGUAUGGGUUUCCUGCAAGGUACAGGCAUAUCAUUGUCAUGGAUUCCUGCCAUCAGCAUGGUAAAUCACUACUUCUUGCGGUGGCGCCCUGUCGCCUAUGCUGUCGCCAGCUCAGGGGAGUGCGUCUUUGCCAUUUGUUUCAGUCCUCUAUUUAAGUGGCUCAUAGAGACGUACAGCUGGCAGGGCGCUUUGCUCAUCAUUGGGGGCCUUCAGUUAAACCUGUGUGUGUGCGCCGCACUCAUGAGACCUCUGGAGAGUGCUGCGCAGAAAAACAGCAAAGGAAGUGCAGAAGCACUGCCCUCAAAGAGGAAGCCAACCUUCCAGUGUUCCCUGCUGAAGAAACCUGAACUUCUUCUCUAUAUAUUGUUUGCAAUCUUUGCAGCGGCAGGGUUUUUCAUCCCGACUCUCUUUCUGGUCCCCUUUGCCAACAGUUUGGGGAUAGACCAGUACUGGCCAGCCUUUAUUCUCUCUGUUAUUGCUGUUGCAGACCUCUUAGGCAGGUUGUUUUGCGGCUGGCUCGCUAAAAUGAGGUUUCUGAGGAACCUGCAGCUUCUCCCCACGGUAGCCAUUCUGCUCGGCAUCGUUCUGCUUCUGCUGCCGGUCAGUUCCAACUACUGGUCCAUCCUGGUCUUUGCGUCGCUCUAUGGCUUCCUGUUUGGCUGCGUGGUCUCCAUUCAUGUUACCACCAUUGUGGACAUUGUGAGCUUGGAGGGCUUUGACAGCGGACUGGGUCUCUUCAUGCUGUUCAGGAGCAUCGGAGGCUUCACUGGUCCACCUGCUGGAGGCUGGUUGGUGGACCUGACGAAUGACUUCAGGUCAGCCUUCUACUUCUCAGGCUUCUGCCUCAUUACAUCAGCAGUGUUUGUUGUCCUUGUCGACCGCCUGGUUCAGAGAAAUAAAUCUGCAGAGGCAUCAGAUGAUCAACCAACAGGGUGACAGAGAAAUCGGUCACUUGGUUACACAAGAAUCCUAUCUUGAGCUCAUUUUAAAGAUGGAGUGGAUUCUUGCUGCUGGAGGAUUGACUCGUUAUAAAAAUGUCCCAGAAGGCAUCUGUUUGGAGGAUCUGUAAACGUU